AUGUGGGUGUUGUUUUGUUUGCGUUGACAGCUGCACGGUGUCCCUCCCAAAGCAGUGCACACCUGUUUCCGAAUCAAUACGCUAAUUAAAAUUUAAAACUAAAAACGCAGAUAACAAAUUUGCAAUUCGCGUUCGAUAAAUCCAAACUAAAGACGCAUUUACAUCAUUCCAUUCCCCAAACGCUCACUCGAUAAUGUGAGGGUUUCCGUGUGCGUUAUCAACGUAUCGAGUGAUUGGUCUGUUUGCUGUGCGCGAUAAACCACAAAAUCCACGCUCAAUGCCGUACAUACUGGUGCGCGGUAACUUGGCGUCGUACAACUACAGCCACAACGAGCGACAUCCAUGGCGAGUACUCGUCUCCGGUCUGAAGUCGGAAGACCUCGAUCAGUUGAGUAGAUUCGCUUGUGGCGGGUACUGCGACGUUUCCACCAUCGUGUUUAUGCAUCAUCCGUGCGUCAUACUCACCGCACUCGAAGUACUUGGCUACAAGGUGGUCGCCUCUUCCUCCACCGGCGUUAAGCAAGAUUACAACGAGUACAUGUGGACAAUGCGCAAGGAAUUCUCCGAGCCUGAACCAGUCGAAACCGCUAAAGCAACAACAGCAGCAAAACUAGAAGCAACUAGUUCAGAAAAUCUUGCUGAAUAA